AUUGAUGUUGAAAAAUUAAACAGUAUAAACUCAAAAUGUUCAUUUAAUAUUAAUGAUCAUUAUUAUCACGGAAUUGGAGAUGACAAGUUACCAAGGCGUGCGAAAAAUGCAGUGAUAAAGAGGCAGAAGAUACGAAAGAAAAGGGAACCAUUAAUGAAAGGAGUAAUGAUGGAAUGCAUAAGGCAAAGAACAAAAAAAUUGAAAAUGUGUACAACUAGUAAUGAAGCACAUGGAAAGAUUGAAUUUGGUGGUUGA